AUCACAGCUGAUCACAUGUAAACACGGAAAUGCCGACAUGUACACUGAUCAUCAGGGCACUGAUGAUCAGUGUGCUCUGAUGAUCAGUGAGGCCCCAGAAGUGCCACCUGUCAGUGUCCAUCAGUGCCAAGUGCCAGUGCCCAUCAGUGCCACGUGCCAGUGCCCAUCAGUGCCACAUCAAUGCCACAUAUCGUGCAUACCAGUGCACAUCAUUGCCACAUAUCAGUGCCCAUCUGAGCUGCCUUUCAAUGUCACCCAUCAGUGCCAGUCAGUGCCACCUAUCAAUGCAAAUCAGUGCCACCCAUCAGUGCUGCCAAUCAGUGCCACCUAUCAG